UGCGGUGCGUCGCUCUAAUCGCUCCGUGCGGAAAUCGCGUGGCAGCAGCCGAGUGGAGGACGCGCGCGGCAUGUGAAUGACCCGAUCGCACGCGACGCUCGCAUCGCAACACGAGCGUUUGAAUCGGCGGAGGAUCGACGCGUUUUCCCCGAUGAUCGCGCGCGCUUCGCGUUGAAGGUGAAGUGGUCAUGUUGAGUGUUUGCGCUCUGCUGCUGCUGGCGGCUCCGGCGGCCCUCGGCUCCGACUCGGACACACCGAGACACCGACACGACUCCAACCUGGAGAUCUAUAAGCGUCUGUUCGAGACCAAGAGGAAAGAUCAGCUGAACGCUCUGAAGAACCUGGUGGAGCUCAACGACGUCAACCAACAGUACAAGAUCAUCGACAUCAUGCUGAAGGGCCUCUUCAAGGUGCUGGAGGACUCCAGAGCUGUUCUUAUCGCUGCUAACAUGCAGCCGGACGAUCCGUUUCCACUCGACGACAAACUCAAAGAAGCGUACUCUCACGUGGUGGAGAACACGGCGUUCUUCGGGGACGUGGCGCUGCGGUUCCCGCGCAUCGUUCAUCAUUACUACGAGCGUCACGCGGACUGGAGCGCUCUGCUGCGCUGGGGCCUGCGCUUCUGCAACCAGACCGGCGUCUUCAGCGGAGGAGCGCAUCAGCACGUGCUCACGCUGAUGUCACAGGAACUGGGCAUCACCGAGAAAUCUGCUGACUUCCUCAACCCGUAUCGCACUGAACGAGACGACGUGCUGCACACGGCCGAAGCCUUCCAGAAGAUUCUGCGUGAGGAAGAGAAGAGGAGGAGGAAGGAGGAGAAGAGGAAAGAGAUCCGCAAAGGCCCGCGCAUCUCUCGCUCCCGCAGCGAGUUAUAGAGGCGGGAGGAGCUCACACUAAUCAGGGAGCCUGUGCUGAUCUCUCACGGGCCGCGACAGGUUUACAGGUUUCACUACGAGUCUCUGAACACUUCAAUCACUUCUGCUUGAUUGAGGAGGCUCUGCGCUACAUCCUCUGCUGUGUGUGUGUGUUUAGUGCUGUAGCUCUAUACCU